AUGAAGCUCCUUCUACCUGUAACCAUUCUCGCUGUCCUAGCGGCCUCUGCUCCCACGGGCGAUAACAUAAGCACUUCCAUUGCGAAACGAGAAGUUGGAGAAGUGUCUACGGACUACAUCUUCACUGACGACCCUGCCGCCGGGGGUAAGGUCGGCCAGAAGAAGAAGCGCGAGAGUGGAGAGGUGUCUACGGACUACAUCUUCACCGACGACCCUGCCGCCGGUGGCAAGGUCGGUCAGAAGAAGAAGCGCGAGAGUGGAGAGGUGUCUACGGACUACAUCUUCACCGACGACCCUGCCGCCGGUGGCAAGGUUGGCCAGUAG